UAGUGUUUAAACUGAAAUAUGUCAGUGAGUAGGAUGCUGUUGGUAACACGGUAGUAAAACCCUAAAAUCAAAUGUGUUAAAAUUUCCCUAAAAUAAUUUUGGCAUCUGUCAAAUUCUGCACAAAAUCUUGAAUUGUGAGGUCUGUCAUAAUAAAAAAGACGUCCAUGUGGAAAAUAUUUUAAGUAAAGAUCGCCUGUGUUAUACCAAAAAACGUAUUUCGUACUACAUUUGAUUGUACAACUUGUGUAAAAUGCCACCGAAACCCAAGCCAGCAGCACCAAGUAAAAAAACUGAACAAAAGAAAAAGGAAAAAGUGAUAGAGGACAAGACAUUUGGCUUGAAAAAUAAAAAAGGCGCCAAGCAACAAAAGUUCAUACAACAAGUGGAAAAGCAGGUGAAAACUGGUGGACACCAUCCUGUCAAAGAUGAUGGCACGAAGAAAUUGGAAAAAGAGAAAAAGUUGAAAGAACAGAAAGAAUUAGCAAUAUUGUUUAGGCCCGUUCAAACCCAAAAAGUGGAAAAAGGAACUGAUCCCAAGUCUGUAGUUUGCGCAUUUUUCAAGCAAGGGCAGUGUGGUAAAGGAGAUAAGUGUAAAUUUUCUCAUGAUUUAAGUAUAGAGAGAAAAGCUGAAAAGAGAUCACUAUAUGUUGAUAUGCGAGAUGGUGAAGAUGAGACCAUGGAGAACUGGGAUGAACAAAAACUGAUUGAAGUAAUAGAAAAGAAACAUGGGAAAACUGGAAAGAUGCCUACAACUGAUAUUAUCUGUAAACAUUUUUUGGAUGCUGUAGAAAAAUCAAAAUACGGUUGGUUCUGGCAAUGUCCUACAGGAGAAGGAUGUAUUUAUAGACAUGCUUUACCACCAGGAUUUACACUGAAGAAGGAUAAAAAGAAAGAUGAGAAAAAAGAUGAGAUCUCAUUGGAAGAUUUAAUUGAAAAAGAAAGAGCAGCUUUAGGACCUACUCAAACGAAGGUUACUUUAGAAACGUUUUUAGCGUGGAAGAAACGGAAAAUUCAGGAAAAGAAAGAUGUGGCAAAGAAAGAAGAAGAUAAAAAACGUAAUGACUUUAAAGCAGGAAAACAAGUGGGUCUCAGUGGCCGAGAAAUGUUUAGUUUCAAUCCUGAGAUGGCUAUACAAAAUGAUAUGGAUGAUGAUGAAACCAUUGACUCUUAUACAUAUUCUGACAAUGAAGAUGAUGGUGUAGAUUAUAAAGAAAUUAAUUUAGAUCUUAUUAGUGCAGAGGAAGUGGAUGGAACUGGUACUGUGGCCCCAGAUGAUAGAUUACAAGCAACUUCCUCAGCAGCAACAAAUGGUGCAGAGCUGGAUGGUGCAUCUGCAGUACCAAUCAAUGAAAAUUUGUUCCUUGAAGAAGAUUUGGAAGCCUUAGAUGAAGAACUAAAUGAUUUAGAUUUAGAAGAAUAAAAUUGGGCUGUAGUGUUUAGCCUUCAAAAUAUUUAAUUUAUUCAGCUUCCUCUAAACUCGCAAGUUGAGGUAAUAAACGUUGAAUCAUCUUUGUUACAAACCUGAUUUAUUAAAAUAAACAUGUUCAAUUGUAAGCAGCAAUAUGAAUAUACUUUUGUUACAAAAUUA